GGUGAAGAUGUGUGUAUGUCUCCUAGUGCGCUGUGGUGUCACAUGAGAGUUCCUUGACAAGCAGCGGAAGCAUGAAUUCUUGGCUCCUUCCAGCCAUGUGCUGCAUGUAGCCUGGCAACCGGGCCGAGUGUAGCGCUUUCUGUUCCCAGAGUGAGAUUUUCGCUUCAGCUGGCGGUCUUGAAUUUUGCUGUACUGAAAUAAAGAGGGAAGAAGAGUUCAUCCUGGAGUACGAUCUCAGGUGUGUCACUGGAUCUCCCACUAAGCAGAUAGUGAACGACAGCGAGCGCGGCGCAGGACGAUGAAACAAAGUCGCCUCUGAAGCCGGUGACAUGUCCCGGAGUGGUCACAGGACAGAUAAGGUGAGGUUUUAUCUUUAAAACCCUCGUAACUCUGUGUGUGGUUUCAUGAGGACAAGGUGGGAGACGAAUCAACACAUCGUUGGCAUAGCGAUGUCAUCAUAGCAGAAGCAGUCUGGUGUGACCUGUGCCUCGUCCCUAUCUGCAGGGUGAUGACACGGUGGAGCUGUGUGGCCGGGGGAGCUGGUGGCUGGGAGCACUGAGAGUAGGUGUCGCACUGCUGUUUGGUUUCACGGACUCUCUGAAACCAAGUGUGUGCUUCAGCACAGCCCAAAACCCACAUGCCACUUACAUGCAUGAGUAAAAUGACACAUCACAACGACAGGCAUCAGAAAAUAAUGACAUUAAUAUUAACCUUCAACUAAUCAAUGAUUUCGAUCAUUCUGGUUGCUGGAAAUUGAGUGAAAUUGGCAUCUUCAGUGGAAUUCAACAGCUGUCUCUCAUGAGGUCACCCAUCCAUGAACUUACUGCAGCAUUGCUCUUGCAUUGUUCCAAAAUGUCAGACUUUGAACUGUUGUAAAAUAGUUAUGAAAUUAAGAAAUGUGGGUCACAGAUUCCCCAUGCUCCCACUCUUCCAGGACACACCCAUCCCGGGAACCUACCACGUCCGAGACUUCGUUGAGGAGGCUGAUCUGAACCCUGUGAAAAAAACUUAUGGCUUCAAAGGUGUGGGCAGAAAAACUCAGACCCUGGGUGUGCGUAAGGGGGAUCUGCUGCUGCCUGGAGCGUAUGAAUAUACAGACUCCACCCAGGAAGUCCUGAUGCACCAGGCUUCCUACUCUUUCAAGAACUGCCCCCGACCCGACAUUUUCACCCUUGGAAUUAGAGACAAGCACAUAAACACUUCGCCAUGUGACUACAAUGUGACAGCGAGACCAGUGGAGAAGAUCCCCUGCAAGCAUGUGAUGUUUCGCUCGACUGUGCAGCGGAUCAGCUUUCUGCCUAAAGAUGGCCCUGCUCCAUGCCACUACAACCCACAGACCAAACCAGCUAAAGCCAUCACUUCCUGUUUCAAAUCCACGUUGCCGCGGCUACACGGUGUGCACUCAAACACUCCAGGACCGGGGGCCUACGAUCCUUUCAGGAAGUCGUUUGCACAAAGAUGUUAAGGAGCCGUCUUAAUUUUCCAUGAUACAAGCAUCCCUGCAUUUAGUCAUUGUUUCAACUUACAGAGUGAAGUCACAUAAUCCAGUGUUUUAAAUAUAAGAUAAAAGUAAAAUCAUGGCUGCAUGAAAGAGGGGAAACCUUUGGUCUUUUAUUACUUGGAGCAACGUUUAUCUGCAUGUCAGUGAGGGAUUUUGUGGUCUGCCAACAACAUAAUCAGCUACAUUCGUCGUGCUCAAAUUGCUUUAGUGACGCCGGCCAGGGAAGCAGAAUGAUCUUAUCUGCAACAAAGGGUACUUCAUUCCACUUAACUACAUGUUCCCGGUAUUGCGCCCUCCCUUCAUCUCUCUUCCCUCUCUCGCUCCUCUUUCCCUCUCUGUUGGCAGUCAGGCUGCCUUUGCCUUCCUACUAUCUCUGCCCUGCGAUGCACUCAGGAGGAGGAAUGCUGCUCAGCCAUGCGUCACAUGCACAUAGCUUAGUGUGGCAUGCUGCACCCUCAGAUAACACAUUCGGUAUUAGAGGCCAAGGCAGUGGCACACAAUAAAACAGCUAUUCUUAUCGCUACCUACUCCACAUACUCGCUCUUUCUUUCAACGAAACAAACAAGCUUGGGACACGGAGAGCAGCGCAGAUAGGAAUCGCCUCUAAGUGAACAUGAUGCUGUUGUAGAUUACCAUGCAAUAGGGGAUAGGCACAGAUAUAACAAACAAGCUGUUACUGUUAGGAAUCUGGACACUGUUAUUUACCCAGACAGGACUUUUGCUGAGCAUGCAUGCACUGCUUUAUUGUAGAGUUGUUGAGGGAACUGAGGUGUACUCAGCUCUUCGUCCCAGCCAGACUCUGUUAAUGAGAUCCAGGGAUUAAAGCCCACUUUAUUAAGUAUUUGAGUGUUGUGUUAAGUACAACCAGAGAUGGGCAGUGACGCGUAAUCUGAUUACUUUUUUCAA